AUGGCAGCAAACAGCACAUUUGUGAGUUACGACGGUGGCAUUCAGCAGUUAGAAGGUGAAGAUACUAAAGUAAUCAUACCGGCUGUUCUCAGCACAAUCAGUGGGCUUGGGAUCGGCGGGAAUGUUUUGGUGCUCGUGAUACUAAUCUACGUUUUUGCCAGCCAGGGUGCAUCCGAGGCGUAUGUCAUGCUCGCCAAUUUGAGCGUAACUGACUUGUUGAUACUCUCUGUGUGCGCUCCCGCGCGCGCGUUCACAUACUACAUGCGCUCUUGGACUCUCGGACUACUGGCUUGCAGAACUACAGAGUGGAUUCAGCAUAGCUGUCUGGCGGUCAAAGCUUUCACACUGUUAGCGACGAGUCAAGCACGCCAUGACUUUUCCACUCAUCCCGAGGACCAGUCGAAUUUCCGUCAAAAGAACGUUGUGAUCACCUUAGUGAUCAUAUGGACGGUUGCACUUGUUUUUCCGGUUCCUGAUAUUGUUUUUUCCAGGUUAAAAGAAGAGGGAAACAUCAGUCUGUGUGUCACUGAAUUAACCUCUCAGUCCCAAGAUGCCAUGCGAGUGUUCAGUAAGAUGCUACCAUUGGGUAUCUAUGUUCUUCCCAUCAUCCUCUCUGCUGUGUGCCACAUCAGGACCAUCUUCCUCAUCAAACCCAGUACCAACGAGGAGGUUUUUCUUUCACGCCAAUAUGAGAAUUCCUUGAUGUAUUUAAGCGUCAUCGCCGUGAACACUCUCAUGAUGCUUCCUGAAUGGGCCUCUUGGGUGUGGAUGCGUCAUAGUUCUGGUGAAAGCUGCAGACCUUCAGCCGGUUUGCUGAUUUUCGCUCAGGUGUGCGUUUACUUGAGCAGCGUGUUUUUUCCCGCCAUCCUUCUCACCAUGCAUGUGCCGCUCAGAGAAAGUCUUAGCAAUCUGUGUUCGCUGUUGGCUUGUCGAGGUUCUAAACACAGACUGAAAAUCGAGGGCAAUGGAAAUGAGAUGCGCACAAUGGUUAUGAAGGUGUUGGAUGAGCGGGAAUGUGGGACUACAGUAGAAAGGCACUCGGAUGCAUGCUGUCAAACUCUCCCAGAACUCGAGCAUUUUUGGAGCGAACGGCGAAACACGACAGUCACGGAGGAUAGUGACCCUUUACCAUGGGAACGAUUGAAUCAAAGUAAUGUUGAACUCUAA